AUGAAGAAGUUCUUCCCCCUUGGAGGAAACGAUGCUCUGGGGAUGCGGUCUUGGCGACAAGCGUCUGUUGCAAUUGCAUCAGCCCACCUCAACAAGAAGAUUCCAGCUCAGUUACUGCCUGAUGAAGACACCAUUCGACAAGACUUGGAAGAAGAUAUGGGUCUCAACAAUGUGAUGGAUCUUCAGCGCAAUCACACUUCGAUGACGUCAAACUUGCUUUAUGGUGGCAGUAGUGGAAGUGGAGUAGCAAGAGAUGGGGAGACUAAUUUUAUGAAGGCUAGUGAGGCUUGGCAGGCUUUCUGGCGUCCGAUUCAGCCUGUUGCUGAUGAGGUUGCCCCAGCUGAUAAGGCCAGACAAGCCCUGACGAUCUUCACAAAGAACCCAAAUGCUCGAUUCGCGUCUGAUAUUCAGCACAAUGGGCUUACGGAGCUCUUCAGGGAGAAGUUGUGGGACCUCCUGGUUGUCUCAAAAACGGGAGGUGGUAAAUCGCUGGCUUUUACUCUGCCUCCGUUGGUGUUUUUUCGUGAAAGAACAAUCGUUGUCCAACCACUCAGGGCCCUCAUUAACCAGACGAUGAAUGACCUCCAACGGCUUGAAGGAGUCAAAGCUCAACUCUACCAACGGGAUACUAGAUUGGACAAGGAGGCUCAAGUGAUUGUGGCACUUGCUGAUCAUGCGGCUUCUUUGGACUUUGCGAACCAACUCAGGACGAUGCAGCCCACGCGAAUUAUCAUUGAUGAGGCUCACUCUUUUCUAGAGGAUGGAUUUCGCAAAUACAUCCCUGGAGUGGUAGCCUUGGGCCAGAUCUGCUGUCAAAUUGUCCUCUUGACUGGCUCCCUGCCUCCUUCUCAAGAACAAGACUUGCUCAGCGGUAUCUUUGGACGAACCCGUAUCAAUGCCCUUCGGGAGUCAACAUUCCGACCUGAAUUGAAUAUUGAAGUGCAUUCGGAAUUUGCAUGGCCAAACCAGCUGGCUGAUAUGGCGACCCCUAUGAUUCACAAUUACGUAGUGAACCCUGAAGACCGGGCAAUGAUCUUCAUUGAGAAUCGGAAGGAUGUCGGUGAUGUCGCAGAACAACUGGAUUGCUUUUUUCACCACUCGGGUCUGACAGAUGAGGAAAGGGACUCCAAUGCGGCUGCGUGGCUUGGAAAAGAUCGUGGAGUCAUAGUGGCUACUAGUGGCUUUGGCGCAGGGAUUAACUAUGCUCAUGUGCGACUAGUCAUCAUCUACGGAAUUCCUAAUGAAUCUGAGGCCAACAAGGUCUAUCAGCAGAUUGGAAGGGCUGGUAGGGAUGGAAAAGAGGCAAGGAUUGAGCUGAUACCUGGACCAAUCGAUUAUCCAAUUGGGAAUGCAGAAGACCAACCAGGAAUGGACGACUUCAAGAAGGCUCUGGUCAACCCAAUGAAUUGUCCGGCCCAAGUAUUCUCCAGACUAGAAGAUGAGCAGGCCAUGUCUUGCAAGAACUAUCCGCCUUUUCAACAGUGCCUAGCUUGCAGAAGGCACUCAAGAACCCUGGGUGUCAGAGGCCCCUACGAACUACCACCAAGACCUCUUCCUAUUCAGCCAAGUCCAAUUCAACAGGACUCUGGCAGCAACACCACUGAUGCCCAAUUCCACACUUCUCCAAGAGCUUCAGGCAUAGAUGAUGUGGUGUUGGUAUCAGUGGGAGGCUCCAAUCGAAAUUCCUUUGGUAAACGACUGAGGACUCCUGAUAUCAUGGAAACAGGAACUGAAGGAAUGGAUGAGGUACAGUUUCGGAAGAUGGCUAGGGUGGCAGAGGAGAGGAGAAUUCAACAUAGCAGCCAGAUACCCACCUUUUCCAAGCAGCCUUCUUCUGUCAAUCUGGUAGACUCAACCAGUGCGGUAGAAUUACAUGCGGAGGAAGACCAUCAAGCAUCUCUACUGAAGGAUUUCAUUGCCAAGAUGGAUGGUAAUUGUCCAGCCUGCUAUUUGUGGUCAGGUGCCUUAGAUGUAAAGCAAGACAAACGGGCCCACAAGCCCAUACUGCGAGAGCCUGUCAGGCUUUACCUCCCUCCAAGUCAUUGA